CCUUCCUGCUCCCUUGCUUUCAAGCAGUAUCUACCUAUGUUUCCAUAGCCUGACAUUUCAGGAUUUCCAGAGCUCUUUACCAGCACUUUCUUAUGCAAGGAGCUAAACAGUGAUUAAAGGAGCAGGAUGAAAAGAUGGCACAGUCAGUGCUGGUACCACCAGGACCUGACAGCUUCCGCUUCUUUACCAGGGAAUCCCUUGCUGCUAUUGAACAACGCAUUGCAGAAGAGAAAGCUAAGAGACCCAAACAAGAGCGUAAGGAUGAGGAUGAUGAAAAUGGCCCAAAGCCAAAUAGUGACUUGGAAGCAGGGAAAUCUCUUCCAUUUAUUUAUGGAGACAUUCCUCCAGAGAUGGUGUCAGAGCCCUUGGAGGACCUGGACCCAUACUAUAUCAAUAAGAAAACAUUUAUAGUAUUGAAUAAAGGGAAAGCAAUCUCGCGAUUCAGUGCCACCCCUGCCCUGUACAUUUUAACUCCCUUCAACCCUAUUAGAAAAUUAGCUAUUAAGAUUUUGGUACAUUCUUUAUUCAAUGUGCUCAUUAUGUGCACUAUUCUCACCAACUGUGUAUUUAUGACCAUGAGUAACCCUCCAGACUGGACAAAAAAUGUGGAGUACACCUUUACAGGAAUUUAUACUUUUGAAUCACUUAUAAAAAUACUUGCAAGGGGCUUUUGUUUAGAAGAUUUCACAUUCCUGCGGGAUCCAUGGAAUUGGUUGGAUUUCACAGUCAUUACAUUUGCAUAUGUGACAGAGUUUGUGGACCUGGGCAAUGUCUCAGCGUUGAGAACAUUCAGAGUUCUCCGAGCACUGAAAACAAUUUCAGUCAUUCCAGGCCUGAAGACCAUUGUGGGGGCCCUGAUCCAGUCGGUGAAGAAGCUCUCUGAUGUAAUGAUUCUGACUGUGUUCUGUCUGAGCGUGUUUGCACUAAUAGGACUACAGCUGUUUAUGGGCAACCUGCGGAAUAAAUGUUUGCAAUGGCCCCCUGAUAAUUCUUCCUUUGAAAUAAACAUCACUUCCUUCUUUAAUAACUCAUUGGAUGGGAACGGUACCACUUUCAAUAGGACAGUGAGCAUGUUUAACUGGGAUGAAUAUAUUGAGGAUAAAAGUCACUUUUAUUUUUUGGAAGGGCAAAAUGAUGCUCUGCUUUGUGGCAACAGCUCAGAUGCAGGCCAGUGUCCAGAAGGAUACAUCUGUGUGAAGGCUGGUAGAAACCCCAACUAUGGAUACACAAGCUUUGAUACCUUUAGUUGGGCUUUCUUGUCCUUAUUUCGUCUCAUGACUCAAGACUUCUGGGAAAACCUUUACCAAUUGACACUACGUGCUGCUGGGAAAACAUAUAUGAUAUUUUUUGUGCUGGUAAUUUUCUUGGGCUCAUUCUACCUUAUAAAUUUAAUCCUGGCUGUGGUGGCCAUGGCCUAUGAGGAACAAAAUCAGGCAACUCUUGAGGAAGCUGAACAGAAAGAAGCUGAAUUUCAACAGAUGCUUGAACAGUUAAAAAAGCAACAAGAAGAAGCUCAGGCAGCGGCUGCAGCCGCAUCUGCUGAAUCAAGAGAGUUCAGUGGUGCCGGCGGGAUAGGAGUUUUCUCAGAGAGUUCUUCAGUAGCAUCAAAGUUGAGCUCCAAGAGUGAAAAAGAGCUGAAAAACAGAAGGAAGAAAAAGAAGCAGAAAGAGCAGUCUGGAGAAGAAGAGAAGGAAGAUGCGGUCCGCAAAUCCGAAUCAGAAGACAGCAUAAGAAGAAAAGGUUUCCGUUUUUCCUUAGAAGGAAGCAGGUUGACAUAUGAAAAGAGGUUCUCCUCUCCACAUCAGUCUUUACUGAGCAUCCGUGGCUCCCUUUUCUCUCCAAGACGCAACAGUAGGGCGAGUCUUUUCAGUUUCAGAGGUCGAACAAAGGAUAUUGGCUCUGAGAAUGACUUUGCCGAUGAUGAGCACAGCACCUUUGAAGACAAUGACAGCCGGAGAGACUCUCUAUUUGUGCCACACAGACACGGAGAGCGACGUCACAGCAACGUCAGCCAGGCUAGCCGCGCCUCCAGGGUACUCCCCAUUCUGCCCGUGAAUGGAAAGAUGCACAGUGCGGUGGAUUGUAAUGGAGUAGUCUCGCUGGUCGGGGGCCCUUCUGCCCUCACAUCUCCCGCCGGACAGCUCCUUCCCGAGGGCACAACUACUGAAACAGAACUAAGAAAGAGACGGUCCAGUUCUUAUCAUGUUUCCAUGGAUUUGCUGGAAGAUCCUACAGCAAGGCAGAGAGCAAUGAGUCUAGCCAGUAUUUUGACCAACACCAUGGAAGAACUUGAAGAAUCCAGACAGAAAUGCCCACCCUGCUGGUACAAAUUUGCUAACAUGUGUUUGAUAUGGGACUGUUGUAAACCAUGGUUAAAGGUGAAACAUCUCGUCAACCUGGUUGUGAUGGACCCGUUUGUUGAUCUGGCCAUCACCAUCUGCAUUGUCUUAAAUACACUCUUUAUGGCCAUGGAGCACUAUCCUAUGACAGAGCAAUUCAGCAGUGUGCUGUCAGUCGGGAACCUGGUCUUCACUGGGAUCUUCACAGCAGAAAUGUUUCUCAAGAUAAUAGCCAUGGAUCCAUAUUAUUACUUUCAAGAAGGCUGGAAUAUUUUUGAUGGUUUAAUCGUGAGCCUUAGUUUGAUGGAACUUGGUUUGGCAAAUGUCGAAGGAUUGUCAGUUCUCCGAUCAUUUCGGCUGCUCCGAGUUUUCAAAUUGGCAAAAUCCUGGCCCACCCUGAAUAUGCUGAUAAAGAUCAUUGGCAACUCAGUAGGGGCUCUUGGUAACCUCACCUUGGUGCUGGCCAUCAUUGUCUUCAUUUUUGCCGUGGUCGGCAUGCAGCUCUUUGGUAAGAGCUACAAAGAAUGUGUCUGCAAGAUCUCCAAUGAUUGUGAGCUUCCACGCUGGCACAUGCAUGACUUCUUCCACUCCUUCCUGAUUGUGUUCCGCGUGCUGUGUGGAGAGUGGAUAGAGACCAUGUGGGACUGUAUGGAGGUCGCUGGCCAAACCAUGUGCCUUACUGUCUUCAUGAUGGUCAUGGUCAUUGGAAACCUGGUGGUUCUGAACCUCUUCCUGGCCUUGCUCCUGAGUUCAUUCAGUUCCGACAACCUCGCCGCCACUGACGAUGAUAAUGAAAUGAACAAUCUCCAGAUUGCCGUGGGAAGAAUGCAGAAGGGAAUCGAUUAUGUUAAAAGAAAACUACGUGAAUUUAUUCAGAAAGCCUUUGUUAGAAAGCAGAAAGCCUUAGAUGAAAUUAAACCUCUUGAAGAUCUGAAUAACAAAAAAGACAGCUGUAUUUCCAACCACACCACUAUAGAAAUAGGCAAAGAUCUCAAUUAUCUCAAAGAUGGGAAUGGGACCACCAGUGGCAUAGGCAGCAGUGUGGAAAAAUACGUUGUGGAUGAAAGCGAUUACAUGUCAUUCAUCAACAACCCCAGCCUCACUGUGACUGUACCAAUUGCUGUCGGAGAGUCUGACUUUGAAAAUUUAAACACUGAAGAAUUUAGCAGCGAGUCAGAUAUGGAGGAAAGCAAAGAGAAGCUAAAUGCAACUAGUUCAUCUGAAGGCAGCACAGUUGACAUAGGAGCUCCCGCUGAGGGAGAGCAACCUGAGGUAGAACCUGAAGAAUCCCUUGAACCUGAAGCCUGUUUCACGGAAGACUGUGUGCGGAAGUUCAAGUGUUGUCAGAUAAGCAUAGAAGAAGGCAAAGGGAAACUCUGGUGGAUGAGAAAAACCUGCUAUAAGAUAGUGGAGCACAACUGGUUUGAAACCUUCAUCGUCUUCAUGAUUCUACUCAGCAGUGGGGCGCUGGCCUUUGAAGAUAUAUAUAUUGAGCAGCGAAAAACCAUUAAGACCAUGUUAGAAUAUGCUGACAAAGUUUUCACUUACAUAUUCAUCCUGGAAAUGCUUCUCAAGUGGGUCGCAUACGGUUUUCAGAUGUACUUCACCAAUGCCUGGUGCUGGCUGGAUUUCCUGAUUGUUGACGUGUCAUUGGUUAGCUUGACUGCAAAUGCCUUGGGUUACUCAGAACUUGGUGCCAUCAAAUCCCUCAGAACACUAAGAGCUCUGAGGCCACUGAGAGCCUUAUCCCGGUUUGAAGGAAUGAGGGUUGUGGUCAAUGCUCUUUUAGGAGCCAUUCCAUCCAUAAUGAAUGUACUUCUGGUUUGUCUGAUCUUUUGGCUAAUAUUCAGUAUCAUGGGAGUAAAUCUCUUUGCUGGCAAGUUUUAUCAUUGUAUUAACUACACCACUGGAGAAAUGUUCGAUGUAAGUGUGGUCAACAACUACAGCGAAUGUAAAGCCCUCAUAGAGAGCAAUCAAACUGCCAGGUGGAAAAAUGUGAAAGUAAACUUUGAUAAUGUAGGACUUGGAUAUCUUUCUCUGCUUCAAGUAGCCACAUUUAAGGGAUGGAUGGAUAUCAUGUAUGCAGCUGUUGAUUCACGAAAUGUAGAAUUACAACCCAAGUAUGAAGACAAUCUGUACAUGUACCUUUAUUUUGUCAUCUUUAUUAUUUUUGGUUCAUUCUUUACCCUGAAUCUAUUCAUUGGUGUCAUCAUAGAUAACUUCAACCAACAGAAAAAGAAGUUUGGAGGUCAAGACAUUUUUAUGACAGAAGAGCAGAAGAAAUACUACAAUGCAAUGAAAAAACUGGGCUCAAAGAAACCACAAAAACCCAUCCCUCGACCUGCUAACAAAUUCCAAGGAAUGGUCUUUGAUUUUGUAACCAAACAAGUCUUUGAUAUCAGUAUCAUGAUUCUCAUCUGCCUCAACAUGGUCACCAUGAUGGUGGAAACUGAUGACCAGAGUCAGGAGAUGACAAACAUUCUGUACUGGAUUAAUCUGGUGUUUAUUGUUCUAUUCACUGGAGAGUGUGUGCUGAAACUAAUCUCUCUUCGUUACUACUAUUUCACCAUUGGAUGGAAUAUUUUUGAUUUUGUGGUGGUCAUUCUCUCUAUUGUAGGCAUGUUUCUGGCUGAGCUGAUAGAAAAAUACUUUGUGUCCCCUACCCUGUUCCGAGUGAUCCGGCUCGCCAGGAUUGGUCGAAUCUUGCGUCUGAUCAAAGGGGCCAAGGGAAUCCGCACGCUGCUCUUUGCUCUGAUGAUGUCCCUUCCUGCCUUGUUUAACAUCGGCCUCCUGCUCUUCCUGGUCAUGUUCAUCUACGCCAUCUUUGGAAUGUCCAACUUUGCCUAUGUCAAGAGGGAAGUUGGAAUUGAUGACAUGUUCAACUUUGAGACCUUCGGCAACAGCAUGAUCUGCCUGUUCCAAAUUACCACCUCUGCUGGCUGGGACGGAUUGCUAGCACCUAUUCUUAAUAGUGGACCUCCAGACUGUGACCCUGAGAAAGAUCACCCUGGAAGCUCAGUUAAGGGAGACUGCGGGAACCCAUCUGUCGGGAUUUUCUUUUUUGUCAGUUACAUCAUCAUAUCAUUUCUGGUUGUGGUGAACAUGUACAUCGCUGUCAUCCUGGAGAACUUCAGUGUUGCUACUGAAGAAAGUGCAGAGCCCCUGAGUGAGGAUGACUUUGAGAUGUUCUACGAGGUUUGGGAGAAGUUUGAUCCCGACGCCACGCAGUUUAUAGAGUUCGCCAAGCUCUCUGAUUUUGCAGCUGCCCUGGAUCCUCCUCUUCUCAUAGCCAAACCAAACAAAGUCCAGCUCAUCGCCAUGGACCUGCCCAUGGUCAGUGGGGACCGGAUCCACUGCCUCGACAUUUUAUUUGCCUUUACAAAGCGUGUUUUGGGUGAGAGUGGCGAGAUGGAUGCCCUUCGAAUACAGAUGGAAGAGCGAUUCAUGGCAUCGAACCCCUCCAAAGUCUCCUAUGAGCCCAUCACAAGCACUCUGAAGCGCAAACAAGAGGAGGUGUCUGCUAUUGUUAUCCAGAGGGCUUAUAGACGCUACCUCUUGAAGCAAAAAGUUAAAAAGGUUUCAUGUAUCUAUAAGAAAGACAAAGGCAAAGAAGGUGACGGAACACCUAUCAAAGAAGAUAUCCUCAUUGACAAACUAAAUGAGAAUUCAACUCCAGAGAAAACUGACAUGACGCCUUCCACCACCUCUCCACCUUCCUAUGACAGUGUGACCAAACCAGAAAAAGAAAAAUUUGAAAAAGACAAAUCAGAAAAGGAAGACAAAGGGAAAGAUAUCAGGGAAAGUAAAAAGUAAAAAAGAACAAAGAAUAUUCCAUUCUGUGAUCAAUUGUUUACAGCCUGUGAUGGUGAUGUAUUGGUGUCAACAGGACUCCCACAGGAGGUCUAUGCCAAACUGACUGUUUUUACAAAUGUAUACUUAAGGUCAGUGCCUAUAACAAGACAGAGACCUCUGGUCAGCAAACUGGGACUCAAUAAACCAGGAAAACAGCAUUGACAGGAGGUUUCUGUUUUCACAACCAGCUGACACUGCUGAAGAGCAGAGAUGUAAUGGCUACUCAGACUAUAGGAACCACUUUAAAGGGGGGAGGGAAGUUAAAUUUUUAUGUAAAUUCAACACGUGACACUUGAUGAUAGUAAUUGUCACCACUGUUAUGAUUUAACUGCCACACCUGCCAUAUUUUUACAAAAUGUAUGCUGUGAAUUUAUCACCUUUUUUUUUUUAAUUCACAGGUUGUUUACUAUUAUAUGUGACUAUUUUUGUAAAUGGGUUUAUGUUUGGGGAGAGGGAUUAAAGGUAGGGAAUUCUGCGUUUCUCUAUUGUAUAACUGGAUAUAUUUUAAAUGAAGGCAUGCUGCACUUCUCAUUCACACAUGAAAAAAAAUCACAUCACAAAAAGAAAGAGUUUACUUCUUGUUUCAAGAUGUUUUUAGAUUUUUGAGGUGCUUAAAUAGCUAUUCAUGUUUUUAAGGUAUCUCAUCCAGAAAAAUUUUAAUGUGCCUGUAAAUGUUCCAUAGAAUUCACAAGCGUUGAAGAAUUGUUUUAUUUUUACAUAAUCCAUUAUAUGUACAUGUAUAUAUGUAUAUAUGUACACACACACCAUUACAUAGUCAUUCAGAGUCCUGGCAGCAUGACUAUCCCAUUUUUGAUAAGUGUCCUUUGGCAUAAACUAAAAAUAUCCUAUCAAUCCUUUUAAGAAACUGAAUUGACCAAAAAGCACCCCCCCCACCACUUUAUAAAGUUGAUUCUGCUUUUUUCCUGCAGUAUUGUUUAGCCAUCUUCUGCUCUUGGUGAGGUUGACAUAGUAUAUGUCAAUUUAAACAAUAAAAGUCUGCUUUGUAAAUAGUCAUUUUACCCAGUGGUGCAUGUUUGAGCAAACAAAAAUGAUGACUUAAGCACAGUAUUUAUUGCAUCAAAUAUGUACCACAGUAAGUAUAGUUUGCAAGCUUUCAACAGGUAAUAUAAUGUCAUUGGCUCCACUGUAGUUUGAAGCUGUCACCGCUGCAUGUUUCUCUUGCCCAGGCUGCUGUAUCUUAUUCCUUCCACUGUUCAGAAGUCCAAUAUGGGAAGCCAUAUGUCAGUGGUAAAGUGAAGCAAAUUGUUCGACCCAGACCUCAUUCUUCAUGUCAUUAAGCAAUAGGUUGCAGCAAACAAUGAAGAGCUUCUUGCUUUUUAUUCUCCCAAUCUUAAUUGAACACUCUAUGGUAAAAAGCCCGACUGUACGAACAUGUUGCAAGCUGCUUAAAUCUGUUGAAACUAUAUGGUUAGAGUUUUCUAAGAAAAUAUAAAUACUGUACAAAGUUCAUUUUAUUUUAUUUUUCAGCCUUUUGUACAUAAAAUGAGAAAUUAAAAGUAUCUUCAGGUUGAUGUCACAGUCACUAUUGUUAGUUUCUGUUCCUAGCACUUUUAAAUUGCAGCACUUCACAAAAUAAGAAACAAAGACUAAGAUGCAGUGUAGGUUUCUGCUUUUUUAUUAGUACUGUAAACUUUGCACACAUUUCAAUGUGAAACAAAUCUCAGACUGAGUCCAGCAUUUAUUUGCUUUCAAAUAGUAAUGCCUUAUCAUGGAAAGAGGCUUAAGGAAAGAUCAGUUGAUAUUCUUGGCAUUGCUUGGAUCAGAUGUUUCCACCUAGUCUUUUUAUUUAGUAAAUCGUCAGUCUUUUCCAGUGUUUGUUUACCCAGAUAUAUCUUACUCUUAUUGACCCGUAUGGCAUUAGAACUGUAUCAGUUAUGAUCUGGGACCCAAGUUUGUUUGUUUGUUUUCUCACAAAGCCAGGUAGUGAAAUUAUAUUACCAGUUACAGCAAAACAUUUUGUUUUUCUUUCACAAGCAACAUUAAACAUAGAUUCUUUAUACUAAAGCUAUUGACUUGUAGUGUGUUGGUGAAAUGCAUGCAGGAAAAUGCUAUUACCAUAAAGAACGGUAAACCACAUUACAAUCAAGCCAAAAGAAUAAAGGUUUUGCUUUUGUUUUGUAUUUAAUUGUUCUGUCUUUGUUUCUAUCUUUGAAAUGCCAUUUAAAGGUAAAUUUCUAUCAUGUAAAAAUGAUCUAUCAGAAAAAAUAUAAAUGUAAAGAAUACACAUUAAAUAUAAUAAUUCAUCUUUAAAUUUUUUCAUGGAAUGGAAAUCAAUUAAGAAGAGUGUAUUGGAUAUCUAGUUUUAAUAUUGGCCAAAAAUCUAGAUAUGGUAUUGGGUAGAGUACUGGAAAGUUACAAAAAUUAAUAAAAAAUUGACUAACA